AUGCACUUAAUUCAAACAUAUUAUGCUGCUGUUGAAAAAUCUAAACAUUUAAGUAAUGAGAAUUUAGAUAUUGAAAAUUCUUUAAUUGAAUUAACUUAUCAACGUUUAUCACUUUUACAUGUUUCAAAUAAUAAUAUAAAAACAGAUAUUGAAAUAUUUCGUUCAUAUAUUCAAAAUGUUCAUAUUAAAUCAUUAGAAACAAUGACACAAACAUUAAUUAAACAAUAUGCCGAAUUAUUAUUAAAAUGUGUUGAUAAAGGAAAUUAUAUUCCAAUAAUAAGUUCAGAUGAUAAAACUAAUAAAACUAAUCAUGUUGAUGAAGAAAUUUUGUUAUUAUUAUUAUUGGGUCAAACAUCAACAUUAAAUGAAGCUGUACAUGAUUGGCAACCUGAACAUGAAGGUCAAAGAGAACGUAGUCAUCAAGCUGCUUAUAAUAUUCUUGCUCUUCUAUCUAUAUUUCUUUCUCGUAAACAAGCAUUUCAUAUUAUUGCUGAUUCUUAUGAACGAGCUCUUCGUUUUUCAUUUGAACAUUUUCAAACAUCGUUUAAUUAUGGAUUAUCAUUAAUAUCAUCAGGUCAAUCAUAUCGUGCUUAUCUUAUAUUAAAAGAAUGUUUACG